AUGCGUUUCUCACCAACCAUUGCUGCACUCGCAGCGUCCCUCCCGUCCGUCUUCGGGUACUACAAAGGCUUCAACGUGGCCGCGACCAACAUCGAUGGGUCAUGCCGGACCACGGCGCAGUGGGAAGAAGCGUUCAACAAGCUCAAAGCUCUGCCGCAAGAUAUUACGAGCGUGCGACUCUAUGCCUCGAGCGAUUGCAACACCCUCGCCAACGCCGUCCCGGCGGCCAUCGCAACCGGUACUCAGAUCCUCGUCGGCGUAUGGACGGAAGACUCCGCGCACUAUACUGCCGAGAAGAACGCUCUGGAGGCUGCCAUCAACGAGCACGGAUACGAUUGGAUCCUCGCCAUUUCGGUCGGCAGUGAGGAUCUGUACCGUGGGGACACGAGCGCCGCCACACUCGCACAGCAAAUCUACGAUGUUCGUGGAAUGGUUCGGCAAUGGGGCGUAGAAGCUGAAGUUGGACAUGUGGAUACUUGGACGGCUUGGGUGGAUGCUGCCAACGAUGCUGUGAUUGAGGCUUGCGAUUUCGUGGGCAUGGAUGGAUACCCAUACUGGCAGGAUGUGGCGAUUGAAAAUGCCUACGACACCUUCUUCGCAUCCUACCAGAAUACUCUGGAUCAUGUGCAGUCCGUCAAGGCUGGAACAUGGGUCUGGUAUGUUGGCCUCUUUUUUUCCCAUUCGCAUCAGAAGCAAGUCGGACUGACGGAUCUGUAGGGUCACUGAGACUUCUUGGCCUGUCUCGGGCGCUGCUCAGGGCGCAGCAAUCGCCAGCGUGGACAACGCCCGUACUUACUGGCGCUCGGUCGCUUGCCAGCUCUUCAAACAGGCGCACGUAUUCUGGUAAGUCCACCAAUAAGCGGAAACUACCUCCUCACCUCCAAGAUGUUGUGCUCACUUUGUGUCUUUCUUCGUCUAGGUAUGCUUACCAGGACUACUCCGCCACGCCAUCUUUCGGCGUCUUCGACAGCAACGGCAACGCGCAGUACGAUCUUUCCGCGUGCUAG